GCGGAUCGCGCGGGGCCAGCAGCCAUGUCGGGCGACGGGACUGGAGCGCCGCGGCGCAGGGUGUACUGGGUCUGCCAGUGCAAGGAGUGGAACUGGUGCGACAGGCGGGCGACCUGCAAGUCGUGCGGGAAGGAGGCGCCAGCGUGGGCGAAGCGCCUGCGCGCGGCGCAACUGCCCCAGGCCGACGGGGAAGGCUUCGUCCAGCAGCCCAGAGGGCGUUCGCAUCAGCGUGCAGCGCGCCGAGCUGGAGACGCCUCCCGAACAGCCUCGGCCGCCAGCACCGUGCCGAGCAGUGCGCCCAACAGCAGGGGGCGGCCGCGGGGCGGUGUCAAGCCGCCGCCUUGGCGUGAGGAGCGCGGGGAGCAGCCAGAGGAGCCAGCGUCGAGUCUGGAGCGCAGGCUCGAGGAAGCCCAGGCUCGCAUCUCCAGCCUCCGCGAGGCGGUCGCCAUGGAGGAGACCGGCGAGGCCUUCCAGCGUGAGGCCAGGGCGGCCCUCCUCGCGGCGGAGGCCUCGGCCGAGAGGGCAGAGGCCGAGCUCCGCGAGGCCCAGCGGCUCGGGAGGCCCCCCCACGCCGUCCUCCACGGCGGCGCCAACGCCAUGCAGAAGGUCGAGAAGCAGAUCGCUGCAACCAGAGCCAAGCGCGAGCAGGCCGUGCAGCGGGCUGACUCCCUCAGGGGGAGGAUUGCGGCGAUACAGGAAGAGCUGGCCGAGACAGAGUCCGAGGUCGAGGACUUUGACAGCCUGCUCGUCAAGCUCGAGGGGUCGAAGGCCCAGACAGCCCGGCAGGCGCUCCAGCGGGCCAUCGAGGUGUGCGGAGGCCAGCAGCCCCUUGAGACCGCAGUCGGGGGCCUCGUCACCCAGGUCAGCCAGCUGGGGGAGAUGCUUGGCCGCAACGCGGACGGCGUCGCGCCCAGGCUCCUGGAGAUCAUGGGCAUUAUUGCCACGCAGAGCGCAGCCAUCUCGGACAUGCUCCACCCCGCUGCGCCAGCUGCCGCAGCCUCGCGUUGGGCCGACGGCCUUGGCGGGGACGGGCUCGCCGUCGACGACGAGGAAGGCGCCCCCGCCCCAGCCGCUGGAGCCUCUGCCCCCGCAGUGCAGCGGUCGCCAGCGGAGGCAGCAGGGCAGCAGGUGCGGCCAUGCCCGCCCACCCAGCGGGCGAGCCCAGCAGUGGGGCCCUACGGGCCAGCCGCCGCCCGCGGGCAGUCGGGCGCAGCGUGCGGCGCUUGGCCCCAGCCUGGCAAGGCCGAGCGCAGGAUCCUUGAGGAUGCCAGGGACGAGCACGAGGACGGCCAGGCGAGAGUGGGCAGGGCUGUGCCUGCCUCUGCGAAGGUUGCUGGGCUGCUCCGUGCAUGCUUCGACGUGCUGGACGCCUACGGCAACGCAUGUGACCGUGCCUUGGAGGUGCUAGAGGCCUACAUCACGCGUGGGGACGCGCACCUGAUCGCCGAGGACAGGGCCCUCGACCUGGAUCCGCCCAUGCUGAUCACGGACUGCACGCUCCACAGUCUUGCAGGAUGGUUGCACUCGGGCGAGCUCCCCCCGCCGAUACUCAGAGGAGCACUCGAGGCUACAGCGCCGCGGCAGGCGUCAGCAGCCGAGCCCUGGGCGCACCGCGACUUCCCCGUGGAUGCAGCUGUCCUCACCCUGGGCAGUUUCGGCUGGCACUUCAGGUCCGAGCGGGGCCUCAUCACGGACGUGCGGGACAUGACGCUGACGGGGCGGCGUGAGCUCGGCCCAGAGGCCAGCCUAGGGGCGAGGUGCGCCUCGGGUUGGCUGGAGCUGCGGAAGCUGGCCAGUGCCCCGUCUGGGUGUGGCUCCGCCUUUUGGGUUGCCUGCAGGGAGCUCGUCGGGCCAGGAGGCGAGCUCGGCGAGCGUCAGAGGAGCGGGCUGGUUUCCCACCUCACGAACGCGCAUUGGCCGCAGGCUAGGCUCCACAGUAAGUUCGAGUGCCCCAUGCUUGCGGCCCCGCUGAGCGACUCAGUCUCGCCAGCGCUGGCGUGGAGCGCCAUGCGGGUUCGCCCUCUCGGAGUGGCAGCAGGGGAGGUCGUUGCUCGGCGCUGGUGGUCAGCGACGCCGCCCCAAGGGCCUCGCGCGGACGCCAUGAGUUGCUGGAGGACAUGCAGGCCGCCCGACGUCAAGCCCAAUGGCAAGUUGUGCGUGGACGGCUCGUCGGUCGACCAGCGGCUCUACGCCUGGGGACGCGCGGGCUGGGCUUUUGCUCAAUGCGACGACGACGGCAGCCUCGUCGCGGGCGCCUACGUGACCGUCAGGCGGGCCCUCCCGCCGCAGCAGGCUGCCCGUGGCGGUGAGGGCUUCGCGGUCUGGAAGAAUGUGAUCUACGCGGGCCCUGCUGUCGAGGAGGUCCUCAUCGGCGGCCGCGGCGCGGCGAAGAGCCAGCACAGGGAGCUGGCCUAUGCGACGGGCCCGACCAAUGCCAACGCCCACCCCUGGAGGAGCCCCGCCGCCCUCGGACCUGGUGGCUCCAGGGCGAGCAAGGUGGCCGCCCACGGCAACAGGCAGGCGGUGCUCGGCGGGCUACGCACGGAGGCGCAGUGGUGCGGCGCCCUGCGCGCCCGCGGCUCCGCCGAGCUGGGAGCACGGCUGCGCGCCGAGGCGGCCGUCGCCAGGCGGGACACCGCGGAGAAGGACAGCGACUGCCUCCUCGUGUCCGACGAGAGGCAGUGGGCGAGGUUCGCCGACCUGGAGGAGCAGGCCGAGCAGGCCACUGCAGGCAGGCCGACGGAGCAGCAGCCGCGCGUGGAGAGCUUCCGCUCGGCGGCCAGCGCGGUCGGCCUCUCCUUCACCACGGCUGGCGCAGGCCACCUCGGCCACUCCCUGGCGUACGCGCUCUGCGACGCGGGCGAGGAGUUUCAGGAGCUGGUGGCAUGCAGCAGGUGCGGCGCCUACAUGGUCCUCGGCGGCCGCGCUGGGGGCCGCCCUAAGCUCAAGGAGCCAUGCAUCGGGGCAAGGGCCAUCGGGCAGCGCAGCCAGCGCCGCCUCUGGGCUCGAGGGCUUCAUCCAGGUGGUCGGCCACGCGGAGGAGUCCAGCAGCGCAUGGAGAAAGGUGCCGAGUUCCCUGCGCUGGGGCUGCAGGGGCCUCUGGCCCCGUCGGCCCAGGAGGCGUUCCUGGCCUGGCUGGGCAUCGUGGUCGAAGAGGGCCCCCCGCCAGCAGGCGGCAGAUCAGCGGCGGCGCCUGGGCAUGCAGGCGGCCGCGAGCAGGGGCCAACGUCGCGGCCGACGGCGGCGGCGCAGCAGGUGUUGGCGGGCGUCGACCCGCGGGUCGCCAUGCUGGCCGCGUGCGGCCCGAUCGAGCAGUGCCUCGCCGAGCGGGCGCUGGCCGCCAGCUCCACCGCGGAGGACCGCCGCGUCCGCCCGCGGCGCGGCCGCGGCCUGAGCCCUGGCGGCGUGUGCUCGGGCGAGUAG